CUGCAUCUGGAUUGGGAUGAUCCCAUGCCACCCUCUCUUCAGGUCGAGUGGAACAAUUUUUGUUCCACUUUACCAUCCCUGAGUUCAAUAACCCUGCCUCGGUUAAUAUUAAGUCCCAAGUGGAGUAAAAUUACCGUACUAGGAUUUGCUGACGCCUCUUGUUUGGGUUACGCUGCCGUUAUUUAUUUGCUGGUCGAAAAUUCUAAUGAGCUGACACAAGUGAAUCUCUUGUAUGCGAAAACUCGCCUUGCUCCUCUCAAACCACUUACCAUCCCACGUUUGGAGUUAUGCGCGGUAAUGCUACUCAUCACUGCGCUAAGAUCAUUGGAACCCUUGUUAAAAACGUUAAACCACCCCAGCGUUUAUUUGUUCACCGAUUCCGUCACGGUCCUUUCUUGGUUGCAUUUACCGUUUCACAGAUUGAAGACCUUCGUCGCGAAUCGUGUGGCCAAAAUAAGGGAAGCAUAUCCAUUGUCGUCUUGGUACCACGUUCGAUCGCAGGGUAAUGCCGCAGACAUAGCAUCAAGGGGUACAGAUCCAGUCACCUUGACUAAACAAAUUUCUUGGUGGCAUGGGCCAGAGUGGAUACGCUCGCCACGGGAGGAUUGGCCUGUAACGCCCUAUAAAGAAAAUACUCCUUCUGUUGACUUGCCAGAAACCCGAAUUGUAGGCACCAUGCUGGCGUGUCAAACCAUCUGUUCUCCAGCAGAAUUCUUUAAUCGGUUCUCGUCGUAUUCUCGCAUGAUCCGCGUGAUGUCUUACGUCUUUCGAUUUGUCCAGCAUUUCUAUAAACCUGGCCGACCCCGUAAUUUUGGUUGUUUGACUGUCAAAGAGAUAGAAGAGACAAAUUUAAAGUUAAUUAAACUUGUUCAAAAGAUUUGUUUCCUUGACAAUAACUCGUUAACAAAGUCGGCCCAAUUUAGAUCUCUUUCUCCACAUGUCGAUCAUCUGGGUAUUUUUAGGGUGGGCGGUCGGUUGAGAUAUGCCCCUUUGGAUCCAGACACAAAAAAUCCAAUUUUACUACCUCCCAAAUCUCGUUUUGUUCUGCUUUUAAUUGAUGAAUAUCACUUGCAAAAUGCUCAUGCUGGGCCCCAGUUAGUGCUGUCUCUUUUGCGUCAAAAAUAUUGGAUCAUAUCAGGUCGACGUGUGGUCCGGUACAGAGUCCACCAAUGUUUGAAAUGUCAUCGCCUUAGGGCAAAGCCAAUGACUCCUUUAAUGGGUAAUCUCCCUCCGACAAGAUUCGAACAAGGUCGCCCAUUUUUAAUUGUUGGUGUAGAUUUUGCUGGUCCUUUCCCCAUUCGCGAAUCACCCCGUCGCAAGGCAGCCUUAGGAAAGGCAUAUAUCAGUCUGUUCAUUUGCUUCGCCACAAAGGCCGUCCAUAUCGAAGUUGUCUCACGUUUAUCCUCAGACGCCUUUCUUGCAGCGUUAGAUAGGUUCGUUAGUCGAAGAGGAAUUCCAAGCAAAAUCUUUACUGACAACGCGACUAAUUUCAUCGGAGCCUGUCGCCAACUAAAAGAAUUAUACCAAUGGUUGGAGUCGGAGGAAGUAAGUCGACGUAUUCAUCAGCAUUUACUUGCAAAGCGGGUUACCUGGCACUUCAUUCCUCCCGGUUCUCCUCACUUCGGCGGCCUUUGGGAGGCAGGAGUGAAAUCCUUGAAAUUCCAUUUAACCCGCAUCCUAGAUCAACAACCCCUUACCUUUGAAGAGCUCUCAACAGUCGUCAUUCGAAUUGAAGCGAUUUUAAAUUCUCGUCCUCUUUACCCUUUGUCCUCUUCACCCGAUGAUUUUUNAUUGUAA